AGUUUUCGUUCUCACCAGGAAAUUAUUGCGGUAGCUAAUGAUUUUUCUCAGAAUUUUCUCGGAGCGUGGCAUUACACCGAUUUAAAAUCAAGAAAGGCAGGAGAAAAGCCAGUGGUUUUUUUGAGUGAAGAUAGCCAGAAACAAAUAGACUUUGUGGUUGAGCAAAUCGACCAAAUUCAGGAGCCAGCACGAAAAGCCAUUCUUUAUUAUCAAAAUAAAACGGGUAAGAAAAUAGCCGAGGAACUAAGAAAAAGAAAUAUCGAUUUUAUAGGACUCAAAGACAAAGAUAAUGAGGGGGCAAGAAUAAUAGAAAGAUUAAAAUUUUUGAAGGUUGAGGAAAAAGCGGGGGAUAAACUCACUCCUUUCCAAGCAAAAAGAUUCAUUCAAGAGUUAGAGGAUUUUACUUUCCAUCGUUUUUUAGUCAAUAAUCCGAAGGAUAAAGUAGGGAGAAUUAUCCUUUCUACCAUUCACGGAAGCAAGGGUUUAGAGUUUGACCAUGUUUUCUUGGUGGAUGUUAACGAAGAAAUUUUACCCGGAAAAAAUAUUAAUAACGCGGAAGAAGAACUGGAAAAAGCCAGAAUUUUUUAUGUUGGGGUGACCCGAGCUAAAAAAAAGUUAUAUCUUUGUUCUUCUGAUCGGGAAGAAAUUUCUCAGUUUCUCCUCAAAAUUGAUCCGAAACUGGUAGAAAUUAGAACUAGUAAGGUUGAUUUUUUAAAAACCACUUCCUCGCCUUCUGCUCAAAAAAAAGAAGAAAUAAUUGGUGUAGAAGGAGAAGAAAAGGUUUAUGAUUUACUAGUAGAAAGUCAAAUUCCUUUCUUAAA